GCGGCGCCGCCGCCAACCCCGGGGCGAGAGUUGCAGGGGGUUUCCACCGCCUCCCGGGAUCGUGCUGCCGCCCGGCCGGCACGCCCCGGUCUCCUCCGACAUCCCCAUCCCGGCCCGCAUUUGUGUCCCUGCCAGCCUCCUCACCCCUGCGCCCCAGAUUUUCUCUCUCAUCCCCCAAACACACCUGCCCUUGUCCCCGAGUCCGCCCAGGCCAUGCCGUGGGAUCCCAGGCCCACGGGGCAGAAUGCCUGUCUGGGGAGGUGGAAACAAGUGUGGGGCCUGUGGGAGGACCGUGUACCACGCAGAAGAGGUGCAGUGUGAUGGCAGGAGCUUCCACCGCUGCUGCUUUCUCUGCAUGGUUUGCAGGAAAAAUUUAGAUAGCACAACAGUGGCAAUUCACGAUGAAGAGAUCUACUGCAAAUCCUGCUACGGAAAGAAGUAUGGGCCAAAAGGCUACGGUUACGGCCAGGGCGCUGGCACACUUAACAUGGACCGUGGCGAGAGGCUGGGCAUCAAGCCAGAGAGCAUUCCAAGCUGUAUCAAGGAGUCAUGUUCUCAAAAGCAAGUGAUUUGUAUUUACUUCCAUUUCGCAGCACCUUGGAGACCGGAUGUCACGAAAUUAAAUGGUAGAGAAAUGUGCUGUGUGAAUCAUGAGAGGUGUUUCUCAUGUGCAAUUGUUCAGCCUCACAGGCCUACAACAAAUCCAAACACUUCUAAAUUUGCUCAGAAAUACGGAGGUGCUGAGAAGUGUUCCAGAUGUGGGGAUUCUGUAUAUGCCGCCGAGAAGAUAAUUGGAGCUGGAAAGCCCUGGCACAAAAACUGUUUCCGAUGUGCAAAGUGUGGGAAGAGUCUUGAAUCAACAACUCUGACUGAAAAAGAAGGUGAAAUCUAUUGUAAAGGAUGCUAUGCAAAGAACUUUGGGCCCAAGGGAUUUGGCUAUGGCCAAGGAGCAGGGGCUCUUGUUCAUGCCCAGUAAGAUGUAAACCCUGAACUAAACAUCACACACUGAGAAUCUCUUCAUAAUCUAGGCACAGAUAAUCUUUAACACUAAACUACUGUGAAAUUCUACCAGCAUUAAGUACUGUACAUUGCCCUGUACUUGGAUAGGCUGGCUAACUCGUAGGAAGAGAGCACUGUAUGGUAUCCUUUUGCUUUAUUCACCAGCAUUUUGGGGGAACAUUUCUUUGACAUUUUAAAUAAAACUUCAGCUUGA